AUGGAAAUGGAAACGCAAAAAGACGAAAUUGGUUCUAGAGAUAAUUCAGAUGAUGAGUCAAGAAACACUCCAGCGGCUUCCAUGGAAACGGAAGAUCCAUGUUUUGAUGCUCUGUCUUUAAACAGUAAUUACAGCAAUGAAAUGAAUCAGAGUAAAAAAAGCCCUGCUAAAGCUGAAAAUCUUGAUCGAGGAGACAGAGGAAAAAUGAUUCGGGUUAAAAAAAGUCCUGCUAAACUGAAAAAGCUUAAUGGAGGAGACGGCGACAAAUUGACUCCCGUUAAAAAGAUCCGAGUUAAAUCAGAUACGCCUGAUCGAGGAGACAAUGUCAAAAUGAUUCGGGUUAAAAAGAGCCCUGCUGUAUUGGAUAUGCCUAAUCGAGGAGAAAACAAUCAAAUGAGUCCGGUUAAAAAAAGACCUGCUAAAUCGGAACGGUUUGAUCGAGGAGACAAUGGCAAAAUGAUUCGAGUUAAAAAGAGCCCUGCUAAAUCGGAAAGUCCAAAUAGAAAAGACAGCGACAGAAUGACUCCGGUUAGAAAGAUCCUAGCUGAAUCGGAAAAGUCUGAUCAAGGAGACAGCGGCAAAAUAAUUCGAGUUAAAAAGCGCCAUGCUAAAUCGAGAAGUCCGAAUCGAAAAGAAAGCGAAAAAAUGACUUCGAUUAGACAAAUCCUUGCUGAAUCGGAAAAGUCUGAUCAAGGAGACAGCGGCAAAAUGAUUCGAGUUAAAAAGCGCCAUGCUAAACCGGUAAGUCCAAAUCGAAAAGAAAGCGAAAAAAUUACUCCAGUCAGAAAAAUCCUUGCUGAAUCGGAAAAGUCUGAUCAAGGAGACAGCGGCAAAAUGAUUCGAGUUAAAAAGAGUCUUGCUAAAUUGGAUAGAUCAACUCAGAAAGACAGCGACAAAAGGAUUCGGGUGAAAAAGCACCUUGCUAAAUCGAAAAAGUCUACUCAACGCGACAUCGGCAAAAUGACUCGUACUAAGAAAAGACUAUCUAAAAUGGAAAAGCCUGUUCGUGGUAACAUUAAAGCCAACAGUAAAAUGACUCGUACUAAGAAAAGACCAUCUAAAAUUGAGAGGCCUGGUCGUGGUAGCAUUAAAGCCAAUAGAAAAAUUACUCAGAUUAAGUGCCACUGCCCAGUAUGCCUAACACAGACUUUUGUAAGGUUAUAUGCCAUUGUCCAGUAUGCCUAA